GCGACCGACGGAGCCACGGACGUAAUCUUUAUUGCCGUUAAUGGCGCUUUCGUGGCGCGAUAGGCACACGCGAUAGCAGCGAUAUAAUACACACAAGUGUCGAGCGAGGCGGAAUAUCUGCAGUGUGUUCGCUGUCCGCGCGGCUCGAGAGGAUCAGGAGCGAUGAUGGCGUCCAGCUAUAACGCGAAGGAUGAGGAUCAUCAUCCGGGUUCGGUGGGCUCCGGCGGCCCCGGCGCCGUCAAGAGCAAGAAGCCCGAUAACACGGCCUUUAAACAGCAGCGUCUGCCCGCCUGGCAGCCCAUUCUGACCGCGGGCACCGUCCUGCCCGCCUUCUUCAUGAUCGGACUCAUCUUCAUCCCCAUCGGCAUCGGACUCCUCGUCACCUCCAACAACAUCAAAGAGUUUGAGAUCGACUACACGGGUGUCGACAUGUCCAGUCCGUGUUUCAACUGCUCUCAGAACUACAGCUGGAACAGCACUAGUGUGUGUACCUGCUCUGUGCCCUUCACCCUGGACCAGCCUUUUGAGAGUAAUGUUUUUAUGUACUAUGGACUCUCCAACUUCUAUCAAAACCACAGACGUUACGUCAAAUCAAGAGAUGACAGUCAGCUGAAUGGAGAUAAAAGCUCUUUACUGGUCCCGAGUAAAGAAUGUGAACCCUAUCAAAUGAGUGAUAAGAAGCCCAUCGCUCCCUGCGGGGCCAUCGCUAACAGCCUCUUCAACGACACUUUGGAGUUGUUUUACAAUCCUCCAAACGGAAGCAGAAUAGCUAUUCAUCUGGUGAAGACGGGCAUUGCUUGGUGGACUGACAAACAUGUGAAGUUCAGAAACCCAGGAGGAAACAACAACAACCUCUCCGUUGUGUUCCAAGAUACAAGUAAACCCGUAAACUGGCGCAGACCCGUUUACGAGCUGGACCCCUCUGAUCCCGAUAACAACGGUUUCAUCAAUGAGGACUUCAUCGUGUGGAUGAGAACCGCUGCUCUGCCCACCUUCAGAAAACUCUACCGCAUCAUACAGAAGAAGAAGGACAACAUGACCCCGACACUGCCGCCAGGAAACUACAGCCUGGAAGUGACCUACAAUUACCCGGUGCGCAGCUUCGAUGGCCGCAAGCGCAUGAUCCUCAGCACUAUUUCCUGGAUGGGAGGGAAGAACCCUUUCCUGGGCAUUGCCUACAUCACAGUGGGAUCCGUGUGUUUCUUCCUGGGAGUGGUGCUACUGAUCAUCCACCAUAAAUACGGCAACCGCAACAACAACGCUGACAUUCCUAAUUAACCGCGUAAUGAUGAGCGCGCUGCAGUCUGUACACUGAUAUGAGGUUACGUCUUGCUCCUGAACACACACGGGUGCCCAGAGGAACUACUUGCAAGCUUACUGUGUAUGCACUGGCAGUUUUCAAAUGAUCCGUUUUAAGCAUCUGUUUCAUCCACACCAAAGCGUUUUAUUUCAUGGUCUUUCUACAUGAAGUAUUUUAGAGUAGCCAGACAAUAUGACUUAUUUAAAUGAAUCCCACCACAAACACAAGCCCAGAUCAUAUUUUACCCUGAAAUCAUAAGGAAGCACGUUGUAAUGAUGUUUUACAUACAUACUGCAAAAUAGAAAUGCUCAUUUGAUUUUGAGGUGGAAUAUGAUUCUGACAGGAUUAGUGAAGUUGAUCCGUUCGGGUAUUCUUGAUAAUGGUAUGGUACAACCACAACAGUCAUGUAUUUUUUUAAAAUAAGAAUUCAGUAUUUCUGAUAGUUUGACUGGUCAACAAGGAUUAAGUUACUUUAUUAUUUAAAAUGCUGAAUUGUACGUGUCUAAAUAUGCUUAAAGCAAGUGUGUUUUUUUUGUUCCUGCUUUGAAAAACUGUGCAAUGUGUAUUUAAAAAGGAUAUGCGUGUGUUUUGCAACUGCUAGGGUCCUUUAUCAAGCUCACGUCUGUUGUUGAGCCAAAGUCGUAUUAUGUGCUCAAGAGUUGUGUGAUAAUAAACAUCAGAUGCAUGA